UUCUUCCCCCCUAUGUUGUCGUGUCGCAGACGAAAUGAGGUCAUCAGCGAGACAUCAUGCUGCCUAAAAUGUGGCUGAGUAACUAUAAGGCAUAAGCACAGGGUCGGAAUAGCUGUAAGCCGGCAGCCAGUAUGUGGGGUGCGGCGCUCCGGAGCGUCCGGGUGGAGGCUGCCCGGUCCCUGGCUGGGAGGAGAGCAGCAAGUGUCAUACUCCUAAGGAAGCAGGAUCCUCACAGGACUAACACACUCGCAGCAUGUCUGUAUGCAAAGGACUCUGUUAUUGGGAAACUGUUAGGGGCGAGCCAGGACUUACCUGCAAAUGACUGUCUUGCCCAGCAGGUCCCAGCAGUCUCCUUUAACAAAGAUGAACGGGACAGUUUAUUAAAGCAGGUUCCAGACCUGCCAGAGAGUCCGAAAAUCCUAAAAAUUGCCAUUAUAGGUGCUCCAAAUGUGGGAAAAUCAACAUUAUCAAACCAGCUUCUUGGCAGAAAGGUGUUUCCAGUGUCCAGUAAAGUGCACACCACGCGCUGCAAAGCGCAUGGUAUUCUCACGGAAGGAGACACACAAUUGAUUCUUUUGGACACUCCAGGUAUGGUCAGUGCUGAAAGAGCAAAAAGGCAUCACCUGGAGAAAUCCCUUCAGGUGGACCCUUGGGAGUCCAUGAAGUUGGCUGACGUAGUGGUGGUUCUGGUGGAUGUUUCGGAUAAAUGGAUGCGAAAAUCUUUGCACUUGGAGGUUCUAGCUUGUUUGUCUCAGUACUCUCAUAUCCCCAGCAUACUUGUGCUAAACAAGAUUGACCUUUUAAAACAAAAAAGCCUUUUGCUGGAGAUAACUGGUAAACUGACUGAAGGAUUAGUAAAUGGGAAGAAAGCCAUGGUAAAAUCUUUAAACCCAUCAGGCAAAAAAGACAAAACGGAUCACCUAUUUAGAAAUGAGGAGAAUGACCCAUUGUUGAAGAUUGAAGAGAACACAACACAUCAGAAGAGCAGGGAAAAUCUAGAGAUGGACAUAGAGCGAGAUCGGUUGUCAGGGGUGACUACAGUUCCUAGUUCUGGGCAAGGACUGCCACACAAAGACCUGAAUAACAGGACUGGGUGGCCUUACUUCCAAGAAGUUUUCAUGAUGUCGGCCAUAAACGGAGAAGAAAUUGAGACAUUAAAGAAGUAUCUAAUGAGUCUCGCCAAACCCGGAGACUGGGAAUUUCAUAGCGAGGUUGUUACUACCCAGUCACCGCAGGAAAUCUGCAACAAUGUUAUCCGAGAGAAGCUACUAGAGUAUUUGCCGAAAGAGAUACCUUACAAUAUCACCCAGAUCACAGAAUUCUGGGAGGAAGGUUCUGGCGGGGAACUGGUUAUUAAGCAGACAUUACUAGUGCCAAAAGAGAACCAUGUGAAACUUGUCAUUGGCGCUGGUGGGGAGCUGAUUGGCAGGAUUGCAAAUGAGGCUGGACGCGAUUUAAUGGACGUUUUCUUCUGUGAUGUCCAGUUACGGCUUUCAGUGAAGUUUAAGAAGUGAUGGAGAACACAUUAUUUAUCAUUUCACUAUUAUCAGCCAAGCGCUCUUGGCUUAUUAGCCUGGACUGGAAACACUGCCAGUUUGCUGAGCGAUUGCAGCAGGCUUUGUGAUACAUUAAGAAGCUCAAGCUGGAAGCAAGCAUUUUAUUCUUUUACAUGUGGGAAGCCGUAUUCACAAAACUUUGUGCUGCGUGACACACAGGGUUAUCCUUACAGGACAGUGGGCAGGAGACCAAAUAAUUCUGUACAAAUAAAGUCUUUUUAUAAUAUA